AUCCUAUCUGCAUAUUUCCUCCUUAGCUCCGUCCCUCAUUCCGGUGGGGCUCGGAACUUUGCAUUAGUUCUUUUCUGUCUCAUUUUGCCUGUCACUUUUGCCUGGCGGUGCCUGUCACAGGGAGAAAUCAGUCACCUGAAGGCUUUCCAGCGCUCUUAGGCUGUGUGAAAUUUGUCAUACAGGUGUCAGGGAUUUCUUAUUGCUGUCCAAGAGGGGGGAAAAAGUGAGAUAAAGAACUCUCCCAGAGCACUUCGGGCUGCACUCAGAGGCUCUCGAAGAAGUGGAGAAGGACCUGGAAGGCAGCAUUAAAACAGCUAAAUAAAAGAUGCCCUGGGGCCGAAGGCCAGCCUGGCUGGACGUUCUGGGGGUCAGAAGCACGGACUCCCGCCGCUCCAAGCUCUAGCAACUAAGUCACCGGGUUUCUUUUGACCUUAGAACCACGGAGACCAUGCUGCUCUCGCUCACCUUCCUGCCGGUGUUUUUAAAGAUUAGUGUACUCAGCGUCACAGCAGGGCAGACCGGGAACUGUCAGCCAGGUCCUCUCGAGAGGCGCCGGUCUUGGUCUUCCACUUGUGCGGCUCCUGCCCCAUUCCUAAUUUUCUCACAAGGAAAUAGCAUCUCUAGGAUUGACCCAGAUGGAACAAAUCACCAGCAAUUGGUGGCAGAUGCUGGUAUCUCAGUGGUCAUGGAUUUUCAUUACAAGGAAGAGAGACUCUAUUGGGUGGAUUUACAAAGACAACUUUUGCAAAGAGUUUUCCUUAACGGGUCAAGACAAGAGACAGUAUGCAAAGUAGAGAAGACUGUUUCUGGGCUGGCCGUAAACUGGAUGGAGGAAGAGAUUCUCUGGGCAGACCAACAGCAUGGAGUCAUCACCGUAACAGAUAUGAAAGGGAACAAUUCCCGAGUUCUUCUAAGCUCCUUAAAACAGCCAGCAAAUAUAGCAGUGGAUCCAACAGAGAGGUUGAUAUUUUGGUCUUCAGAGGUGGCCGGCAGUCUUCACAGAGCAGAUCUCAGUGGUGUGGGUGUGAAAACACUGCUGGAGACACCGGAGGGGAUAUCGGUGCUGACUCUGGAUGUCCCGGACAAACGGCUCUUUUGGGUUCAGGACAGGGGAGAAGGAAGCCACGCUUACAUCCGUUCCUGUGAUUAUGACGGUGGCUCCAUCCAUCUUAUCAGACAUCAAGCGCAGCACAGUUUGUUUUCAAUGUCCUUCUUUGGUGACCGAAUCUUCUACUCGGCAUUGAAAAAGAAGGCAAUUUGGAUAGCCAACAAACACACCGGGAAGGACAUUGUUAGAAUUAACCUCAAUGCAUCCUUUGUUCCUCCUGGAGAACUGAAGGUAGUACACCCACGUGCACAGCCCGGGACGCAGGAUGGAACUCAGGGCCCUGAUUCCGAACGUUGCAAACAGAGGAGAGGACCGUGCCGCUACAGUCUCUGUGAGCGAGACCCCAAGUCCCACUCGUGCGCAUGCGCUGCAGGCUAUACGCUAAGCCGAGACCGGAAGUACUGCGAAGAUGUCAAUGAGUGUGCCCUUCAGAAUCACGGCUGUACUCUCGGGUGUGAAAACACCCCCGGAUCCUAUUACUGCACAUGCCCUACAGGAUUUGUUCUGCUUCCUGAUGGGAAACAAUGUCACGAACUCAUUUCCUGUCCUGGCAACGUAUCAGAGUGCAGCCAUGGCUGUGUCCUGACGUCAGAUGGUCCCCUGUGCAUCUGUCCUGCAGGUUCAGUACUUAGGACGGAUGGGAAGACAUGCACUGGUUGUUCAUCACCUGAUAAUGGUGGGUGCAGCCAGAUGUGUCUUCCUCUCAGCCCAGUAUCCUGGGAAUGUGGUUGCUUUCCUGGGUAUGACCUACAAUUGGACCAAAAGAGCUGUACUGCUUCAGGACCACAGCCAUUUUUACUGUUUGCAAAUUCCCAGGACAUCCGACACAUGCAUUUUGAUGGAACAGACUACAAAACUCUGCUCAGCCGGCAGAUGGGAAUGGUUUUUGCCUUGGAUUAUGACCCUGUGGAAAGCAAGAUAUAUUUUGCACAGACAGCCCUGAAGUGGAUAGAGAGGGCUAAUAUGGAUGGCUCCCAGCGAGAAAGACUUAUCACGGAAGGAGUAGACACGCCAGAGGGCCUUGCCGUGGACUGGGUUGGCCGGAGGAUCUACUGGACAGACAGUGGGAAGUCCGCCAUUGGAGGGAGUGAUUUGAACGGGAAGCAUCAUCAAAUAAUCAUCAAGGAGAGCAUCUCAAGGCCACGAGGGAUAGCUGUGCAUCCAAAGGCCAGGAGACUCUUCUGGACGGACACAGGGAUGUCUCCACGGAUUGAAAGCUCUUCCUUUCAAGGUUCUGGCCGGAUCCUGAUAGCCAGCUCUAAUCUACUGGAACCCAGCGGAAUCACGAUUGACUACUUAACAGACACCUUAUACUGGUGUGACACCAAGCGGUCUGUGAUUGAAAUGGCCAAUCUGGAUGGUUCCAAACGUCGAAGACUUAUCCAGAAUGAUGUAGGUCACCCAUUUGCUCUGGCCGUGUUUGAGGAUCACCUGUGGUUCUCGGAUUGGGCCAUCCCAUCGGUAAUAAGGGUGAACAAGAGGACUGGUCAAAACAGGGUACGUCUCCGAGGCAGCAUGCUGAAGCCCUCGUCACUGGUUGUGGUCCACCCAUUGGCAAAACCAGGUGCAGAUCCCUGCUUACACAGGAAUGGAGGCUGUGAACACAUCUGCCGGGAGAGCCUGGGCACUGCUCAGUGUUCGUGUCGUGAAGGCUUUGUGAGAGCCCAGGAUGGGAAAGCGUGUCUCGCCCUGAAGGGUCAUCAGACGCUGGCAGGUAACAGUGCUGAUCUAGGUAAAGAGGUGACAUCGUUGAACAACUCCAUUAAGGCUGAAGUACCAGACGAUGAUGGGACAGAGUCCUCCACACUAGCGGCUGAGAUCAUGGUGUCAGGGAUGAACUACGAAGAUGACUGCGGCCCUGGGGGGUGUGGCAGCCACGCUCGCUGUGUUUCGGAUGGAGAGACUGCGGAGUGUCAGUGCUUGAAGGGAUUUGCCGGGGACGGAAACCUGUGCUCUGACAUAGAUGAGUGUGAGCUGGCCAGCUCUGACUGUCCCACCACCUCGUCCAGGUGCAUCAACACCGAAGGUGGCUACGUCUGCAGAUGCUCAGAAGGCUACGAAGGAGACGGGACCCACUGUCUCGAUAUUGACGAGUGCCAGCAGGGAGUGCAUAGCUGCGGCGAAAAUGCCACCUGCACCAACACGGAGGGAGGCUACAACUGCACCUGCGCAGGCCGCCCAUCAGCACCUGGACUGACAUGCCCUGACUCUGCCUCACCCCCUCUCCUUGGGGAAGAUGACCGCCAUUUGGUCCGGAAUAGUUACCCAGAAUGCCCAGCGUCACAUGAUGGAUACUGCCUCCAUGGUGGUGUGUGCAUGUAUGUUGAAACAGUGGGCAGCUACGCAUGCAACUGUGUCGUUGGCUACGUUGGGGAGAGAUGUCAGCACCGCGACUUACGCUGGUGGGAGCUGCGCCAUGCUGGCCACCGGCAGAAGCGCUACAUCACUGUGGUGGCUGUCUGUGUGGUGGCUCUGGUCCUGCUGCUCCUCUUGGGGACGUGGGGGGCUUACUACUACAGGACUCAGAAGCAGCUAUCAAAACCCCCGAAGAACCCUUAUGAAGAGUCAAGCAGAAACAUGAGCAGUAAUGGACCCGACAGCAGCGGGGCUGGCAUGUCCUCCUGUCCCCAACCUUGGUUUGUGGUCCUAGAAGAACACCAAGAGCCCAAGAAUGGGAGUCUGCCAGUAGCUGGCACGAACGGUGCAGUAGUAGAUGCUGGCCCGCCUUCCUCCCUGCAGCCUGGGUCAGUGCAUCUGACUUCAUGGAGACAGAAGCCCCACAUAUAUGGACCAGGCACAGGGCAAAGCUGCUGGAUCCCACCUUCAAGUGACAAAGGACCCCAGGAAAUGGAGGGAAACUCCCACCUACCCUCCUACAGGGAAUGGCCUCUAGCCCUGGGGGCUGAGACGCUGCGUUCUCUCCAGUCAGCUCAAGGAUCUCGCCAACAGAGGGCUCUGGACCUGCCACAGCAAACAGAGCCUGUUCAGCAGAAACUGGGAGGAGCCAGAGGUACAGAGGGGAAAUAGCAACCAGGUCAACGGAUGGUAGAGUGCUACAGACUGGGAACUCCAGUCUCCAUGCUAAUCACUGCUCAGGGUCCUGAAGAUAGCUGCAUAGCUGCGUAGCUGCAUAGCUGCAUAGCUGCGACUUCUGCUUCUUGCUUUAAGUAGUCCCAUUGAAGACGUUCAAAACCGCAGUGGAGAAAAUCAUUAGAAGCCAAAGUCAAGACAUUCACAUCUAAGCUGUGUCUUCUUCCUGGACUGUUUGCCUCUUUCCCUUGUUGCCUCAGAAGAGAUGAGCUAAAGCAGGUGAUCACAGGCUCUGUCGUUUGCAAAGCAAAUUACAUGAUCUACAUAGACGUCUCAGCUCAACCUCCUGGAAUGCUUGGAACAUUAGCACUAUUGCUAAGACGCACAGCAAGUGUGGCCCAUGCUCAUAAUUUUGCCUUCUGAAUUGUGAUAAAUUAGUGAAAAUAAUUGUAACUUGGAAUCUGAUUUAUUCAGAUUAGAUCAUUUAUUUUUUUAUACUAUAAAAAUCUUUGAAUGAAAGUAUUUAACUUUAAAAACAUUUCCUAAGAGACAACAGUGUUUCUUAAUCAUUGUCUUUUCUUCUUGAAGUCUUUCCAGUAAAAACGGUAAAUUUUGCUGUUUGCAUA